AUGCUGUCCAAUCUGUAUCCUCACCUGCCUCUGCCACCUGAAGAAAGGGCCUGCCUCCACCUAGCCCAACAAACCAGCAUGCCUCCACAAACCCAUGAUCCAGAUGCUGAGAGCAGUGACCUGUCUGACAAACUGCACAAGGAAAGAGCUCCCACUGCACCACACAGGCAAAUGCUGGUUGGCACAGAGACCCCUUCAUGCUACAAUUCUGAUGACAACAAUGAUGGCAAUGAAACCCAAUGCAAUAUCAACACCAUCUCCAAACUCAACCCUGAAGUGCUCAGGGGCAUGCUUAUUGAACUAACCAAACACAACAAAGUGAAGAACUCUGAUGCAUACAAGAAACCCUUGUGCCACUCCAAUUUCCACCAGCAACUUUCUUGCACCCACAAUGCCCUAAAAGAAGCCCCCAAGCUCAUGACCAAAAACUGGUAUGCCUGGAACCCCCACUUCAGAGGCAUCCUGUCCAACUGGCCUGCAGCUAUGAAGCACCUUGAUGGCACCAUGACCACUGAACACAAGAAAUAUGACUGUGCCCUGGAUGGCAAACUUUGCACUAUCCUUCAAAGUAGUGGCCUACUUGCUGGAAAUGACAACAUCAAUUACCUUUUCAUAUGGCCUGCUGACUCAGAACCCUGGAAACUACAUGACCUCUACUGCAGGCUCAUGACAGACCUCACAAAGAUGGAAAAGAUUGCCCAGUUGACCCUGCUCAAUGAAGUCAGGAGAAUCCAUAUGUUCCAAGCAAAUGUCCAGAAGCUCAUUGCUGAUAUCAAUGAACAUUGGGCCAAAGCCAAGUCUAUGGGUCACACCCUUCCCAAGAUCCUCAAAGUCAAGACACUUAUCAACCAGGCCAGGUAUAUUACCUUGUAUCAUCAUCGCAUCACCAUGCUCAAGGACACUGGAAUGGCAUUGAAUUAUGAAGUGCUUUGCACUGCACUCUUCAAACAACAGGACAGCAUGACCACCUGA